AUGUUCAGCGCUGAUUCAAUAUUCGGAAUAACAUGUCAUUGCUGUGCAACUAAGUUCAACAAGAUAACCACUGAAGUGGAGCACAGAGAAGUAUCCAUUCAGCGAUUGAGUGAAGAAAUCGUUAAAUCUGUCAACAAAUCGAUACAAAACAAAUUGAAUAAUGGUUUAAUUGAUUUAGGUGCAUCAUCUUCAGCUAGUCAUAGUGACAACAAAAACACCAAUCCGAAAAAAACACCGGGGCCACAAAAAAUCACACCGAUAAAUGGUAUUUAUUCAAUUCAUGUUUCUCGUUUGCCGAAAGAUGCUACCUCCGAUGAUGUAACUGCCAUUAUCAUUGCCAACUCUGAAAUUCACACUGAUGCCUUUUCUGUUGAGAAAAUUCCAAACAAACGGUUCAAAGUGAAAAAGCAAUCUGAUGGUACAGCUCAGAAGAAAAAUAAACAAAACGCCGAAAAAAAACGAACAACACAACAUAAUUCUGAUAACAACAACAAUCGGCAAACCAAAGGCAAACCAAAUGCACAUUUUCAACGAGAGCAAAAUGACAAUCAGCGAAAGACACGAUAUUCCAACAGAAAUCAUCGUUUUGAAAAUUUCUCUCGUCCAUACAAUCACAAUCGGAGAUUUCAAAAUCAAAAUGUGUAUAGCCAACGGCUAAGUCAGUGGCAGCAACCUGCUCCUUUUCUGCAGCAACCAUUUUUCCAUCCGCCGUAUGUGAUACCAGGUUUGCAACAAAUGCAUCAUCAUCCAUCACAAAUUCCAAUGCAAAUGCCACAACAUCUACCACCACAAAUGCUAAUGUAUGCACAACCUCAGCCAUUUUAUCACAGUUAA